GCUUGACUUUGAGAGUAAACAACAACAACUUGAACCUUCUUCGUAGAUGGCGUAGGAAAGAAACACGCGACAUCUACUUUCUACUUCCUUCACCAUCCACUUUAAUAAACCCUAAUAAUAGCUUCUCAAUCUCCAUUUCAAGUAAAUUCUGUUUAAUCAGAAACCAAAUCUAAAUCUAAAUCUAUGGCUUCUGUUUCUACUAAAUCUUCUGUUAUUAUUACUUUAAUAAUAGUGUUUUUAGUUUAUUCUCCGACAGUAAGUUACUGUAAUGAAUUCCAAACAUUUGGUUAUGAGAUUCAUCAUAGAUUUUCUGAUCCAGUUAAAGGUAUGAUGGGUGUUGAUGAUUUGCCGACAGUAGGUAGUCUUGAAUAUUAUGAAGCUAUGGUUCAUCGUGAUAAAGUUUUCCGUGGUCGUGGUCUUGCUGAAAAGGGCGGUGAUGAUGAUGUUAAUAAGCAGUUGGCUACUUUUUCUGGUGGAAAUGAGACUUUUCGACUUGCUUCACUUGGAUUUUUACACUAUGCGAAUGUUUCAUUGGGGACACCAAGUUUGUCGUUCUUGGUUGCGCUUGAUACCGGAAGCGACUUGUUCUGGGUGCCAUGUGAUUGUAGUAAUAACUGCGUUCGGAGCCUUAUGACAAGAUCUGGAGCUGAAAUAAAUCUCAGCAUUUACAGUAGUGACUCAUCAUCUACAAGUAAAGAUGUUUCCUGCAACAGUAGCUUAUGUGAGCUCCAAAGAGGAUGCUUUGAGCCAUCUAGCCAAUGUCCAUAUAAAGUUUUAUAUCUUUCUAAUAAUACUGCAUCUUCCGGAAUUUUGGUAGAGGAUGUGUUGCAUUUGACAACGGACAAUCAUAAGCCAAAAGCUUUCGAUGCUAGGAUAACAUUUGGUUGUGGUCAGGUUCAGACUGGCUCAUUUUUGGACGGUGCAGCUCCCAAUGGGUUAUUUGGGCUUGGAAUGGAUAAGACAUCUGUUCCUAGCAUUUUGUCAAGCAAAGGCCUAGUAGCAGAUUCUUUUUCCAUGUGCUUUGGACCUGAUGGGGUUGGAAGAAUAAGCUUUGGGGACAAAGGCAGCACAGACCAAGAAGAGACUCCAUUUAAUAUUCUCAAGCAGCAACACCCGACGUAUAACGUUACCGUGACUCAAUUAAGUGUGGAAAACAAUCUAAGUGACCUGGAUUUUAAUGCAAUUUUUGACUCCGGCACCUCAUUUACAUACUUAAAUGAUCCAGCAUACACCGCUAUAUGUGACAGUUUUGACUCACAAGCUAUACAUGAACGACGUUCUCCUGAUCCCAGGAUUCCUUUUGAAUACUGUUACGAUGUUAGUUCAAAUGAGUUGUUAGUACCAAACGUGACUUUAAUCAUGGAAGGUGGGAGCAAGUUCAAUGUUUAUGAGCCAAUAAUUGUAAUCUCUAAUGGGGCCUCAUACGCGUAUUGCUUGGGCGUUGUCAAGAGUCCAACUGUGAAUAUCAUCGGACAAAACUUUAUGACUGGUCAGCGUAUUGUUUUUGACCGGGAGAAAAUGGUGUUAGGCUGGAAGGCGUCAAACUGUGAUGAAAUUGUUGAUCCAAGUACCCAGCCAAGAAAUCCUCGAAAUUCCAAAGAGUCACCCCCAGCAACAGCAGUUCAACCACAUUUCACACCUGGAACUCCUAGGACUGGUUUAAAUUCUGGGGCACCACAAUUUUCAGUUAGCAAGCCACAAAAUUUCUACCUCCUCGCCACCUCGCUUUUGAUGCUAUUACUUACCAUUUUGCCGAUUGUUUGAUUAUUCCUUGUGUACACAUAGAAGUAGAUAUAGUAAAAUUCCUACGCUAUUUACUUGUAGUUUUUUUAUUAUUCUUAUAGUUUUCUUAUUACCAAGGAGGUUUCUGGCCGCCCCUUUUUUGUUUAUUUUUUGAGGCCAGUUAAAUUAUAUCAGGUUGUAAAUAUUACACCCAUGUAUUGUUAAUAGAAAAGAUGAGGAAAAUGAUCAAUAUAUGAUUGUUUAUAUUUUGCUUAGUGUCAGAAAA